GGAACAAAGAAUAUAAAAAAAAAAAAGUCUUUUUCUGAGUAAAAAAAUCCACCACCAUCCCUAACCCACAAAAUGACCAAAACAGAAGCCUACAUUUUACACAACAGUCAAAAAAGUCAACAUCAAAGAAAACCAAACCCAAAUUCCGUCAUGCAAAAGGCAUAACAAAUAGUCCGAAUUUUACAAAAUCAAAUUCUCACACACAAAACACCCAAAAAAAAGGCCAUUUGUGGCUACGUCCGUUGAGUCUCUCCGGGAGAAAUUUUGACCAAUCCAAACUCCAGUUUUGCCCCGUGCCGGCUCCAGCCGUCAAACUCCCAAUUUUCCAACCAAAAACAAACCAACAACUCAUACACUCCAACCUUCUUUUAAAAGCUCCUUCCCCUCCCUUUUAUAUUUUUAUUUAUUUAUAUUAUUAGUAUUCCUUAGUACUAUUACUACAUCAUCGUCAUCAUCAAAAUCAUUCCUUAAAUUAGCUUCCUUUUCCUUCUUUUCACGAUGCUUUUAUCAUUAGCUUCUCCGAUCAUCAUCAUCUCAACAUAGCAAUUCAGUUGUUCUCAUUUCUCAACAUCAAUCAAUAUAAUCCUUUAUUUUGUCCACCGUCAUCAUCGUCAUCCUGAACCUGGGAUCAUCAUGAUGGGGUUGUUAAAUCCAAUUCUGUUCUUGAUGACGACAAUUGUGGUUCCAUUUCUGGUGUUCAAAUUCUUGUCCAAAACAUCGAUUCUGUACAUUUUCAGGAGUUGGUUCCGGGUUUUGUCCGACAAAUGCUACGUUUACCAGUUCUACCGGGUCCCACAGUUUAACGACCACAUGCAGGAAAAUCAGCUCUACCGCAAGGUUCAGGCCUACCUCAACUCCCUCCCCGCCGCCGUCGAGGAUUCCGAUUUCACCAACCUCUUCUCCGGGAAAAAGCCCAACGAGAUCAAGAUAGUCCUCGACCCCACCCAAGUCGUCGUCGACAAUUUCCUCGGCGCCCGGCUGUACUGGUCCCAGGAGAGUCCACCGCCGGUGCCGGCGGACACCGGGUCGACCCGCUCCAUGGUUCUCAAGAUUAGGAAGUCCGACAAGCGGCGGGUCCUCCAGCCAUACCUUCAGCACAUUCACACGGUGUUCGAACAGCUGGAGCAGAGGAAGGAAGUCCAGCUGUACAUCAACGUGGAGGACCACCCGCUCCGAAACGGUCGGUGGAGGUCCGUUCCGUUCGGGCACCCGGCCACGAUCGACUCCGUCGUCAUGGACGCGGAUUUGAAGACCAAGGUGAAGUCCGAUUUAGAAUCGUUCUUGAAGUCCAGGCAGUAUUACCACCGGUUGGGCCGCGUUUGGAAACGGAGCUACCUGCUCUACGGGGCGUCCGGCACCGGAAAGUCCACCUUCAUUGCGGCGAUGGCCAAGUUCUUAAACUACGACGUGUACGACGUCGAUUUGUCCAAGGUUUCCGACGAUUCCGACUUGAAAUCCUUGCUGUUACAGACCACCAGCAAGUCCCUGAUCGUGAUGGAGGAUCUGGAGCGGUUUUUGCUCGGAAAAUCGACGACCAACGUGAGCUUGCCCGGAAUUCUACAAUUCAUGGACGGAAUCGUUUCGUGCUGCGGAGAAGAGCGGGUGAUGGUGUUCAGCAUGAACGUUAAAGAUCAUAUCGACCCGACGGUGCUCCGACCCGGAAGGAUCGACGUCCAUUUACACUUCCCGCUGUGCGAUUUCAACGCCUUCAAAAGCAUGGCGAGUACCCAUUUGGGAUUGAAGGACCACAAGCUGUUUCCGCAGGUGGAAGAAAUGUUUCAAACCGGGGCGACUUUGAGUCCGGCGGAGAUUGGCGAGAUCAUGAUAUCGAACCGGGGAUCUCCGAGUCGGGCACUCAAGUCGGUUCUAUCCGCUCUCCAGAAUAAUGCGGAAGCUAAAGUGGGGAGCAAGAUUGCGAGGAGGCUCAGCCAUAAUUCGGACAGCGGUUCGAUUCGGGUGGUGGAGGAAUCGGUGUCGGGUGACUCCGGAAUGUUUUGUAAAGAAGGCGGCGUCGGCGUUCACACGGCAAAAGAAUUUAGGAAAUUAUAUGGUUUUUUAAGGAGGAGUAGAAAAGGCGGGGAUUCCAUGGAUUUCGAGGAAAAGGAAAAUGGUUCUUAAUUGAUUCUAGUUCUAGCCCUACUACCAAUCCAAAAAAAGGGGCCUUUUUUUUUUUUUCCCCACAUCAUUCUAUUUUUAAUAAUUACAUAAUUAUUAUUAGUAGCUCUAGUGAAGUGACUCUUUAGUAGCUAGGAAAAAAACACAGCAAAGUUAGAAAGGCGCAGGAGUAGAGAUUUCUUUUGCCUUUGUAAUAUUUUUUUAGUUUUAGUUAGUCUAAUAGGUAUAUACGUAAUCCCAAGACUUCUUUGUUAUUAUGAGCACGAUACGGUUAACGUGUUUCAUUCACGAAAUAUAAUGCUAGAAUUUCAUACGGUAAGAUAAUACCCAAAUCAGUAACGUCCUUUUAACAUAUAGGUCCCGAUACAGGUAAAAUGCGUUGCUACUAGUACUAGUUAGCAUAGUUUUCAAAAUCCCGAUCCGGA